AUGGUUAAUAUUAAAGUAACUUAUAAAGAGACGGUUCGUCGUUUUGUACUUCCUACCAACAACGCAACUUGGACUGGUUUGGAAGCAAAGCUUCGUAAUAUUUAUAAUAUCCCUACAUCAACUACUUUUACUCUCUCUUAUGUCGAUGAAGACGGUGAUGUAAUCACGCUUUCAACUGAUAUGGAAUUUCAAGAAGUUCUCUCUUCUCAAUUAUCCGCUUCAUACAUCAAAUUUGAUUUGAAAUUUUCAACUGGUGAUUCAAGUGACGGUGAAGAUUCUAAUAAUGAAGCUUGGGUGUUUGAAGGUGUAAAAACUCCUCCACAAAGCGCUCUUACGGUCAAUCUUGACAAUCUUGACAAUCCCGACAAUCCUGAAAAUGUUUCACAAAAGAAUGUUAUCAGCACUACAAAUCAAGAGGCGCAGUUUUUCAAAAUUGGUUCAGAAGAAAGUUCGUCAAUUCAACCCGUAUCCCUUUUGUAUGAAGACAAAUCAUCAUCAAGCAAAAAGACUUCCUUGGAUGAUGAGAUUGGAUCAUUUGGCUCUUUAAAAUUCUCACCCACUCUUAAUGACGAAGAAGACAAGGAAGAAAAGGAAGACAAGGAACGUAAAGAAGAUAAGGGUGACUUUGGUUCUUUAAAUUUCUUACCUACAUCUAAUUAUCUUGGCAGAGACGACCUAGAUAAAUAUUUCGAAGAAGUCGAAGGAGGAAAAGAAUCUUCUUCGAAUAAUGUUUUCCCUUCCUCUUUGGAACAGACACCGUUAAAUAAUCAAGAUAAUAAAACACCUACUGUAUCCGAACUUGCUGAUCAAUUUCAAAAAAUGCUUGAUCAAUUCAAAAAAGAUGUUGUAAAGGAUCAUAAACUUGCUGGAGAAAUGAUGGAUCAAUUUCUUCGUUCUAUAAUCGAAAAAAACAUACAAAACACGCAAGAAAAUCAAUCACAGGAUAACCUACAAGAGAAAGAAUCGCAAGGUCAAGGCGAACAACAAGAUAAUAAUCAAUCUCGGGAAAUUAAUUUCUUUAGCGAUCAUUCUCCUUUGUUUAACAAUCGCCUAUCGCAAGAUCAAGACCAACAACGAGGACGUGAUACUUUCUUUGACGAUCAUCCACCUUUGUUUUUUACGCGUCAAGUCUCACCACCACCAUCACUUCCUGGAUCUUUUCCAGUAACACAAAAAUCUACCCCUUGCCCUUGGGCUAGUCAAGCACGUCCUGAAUCCGAUUCACUUGAAAUGCGUCAAAAUGUAAGAGGAAGCGAACAUCGAUCUCAGAGUAUUCCAAGAAAUCUUCGUCGCGGUUCCCGCCGUCGUCAUCGCGAUCAUGAUGAACAUAGAGAAGGAAGACGCGAUGAAGCUCGUGAAGAAGUACGAGAAGAAACUCGAGACGAAGAGGCUCGAGAAGAUACAAGAGGAGAAAUUUUCACUCUAGCUUUGGAACCUACUGUAUCUACUGAACCUACUGAACCUGACGCAACGGGUCCUUAUUACGAGGAAAUUAAAACUCUCAACGAUAUGGGAUUCUGGCGAGAUGAAGAUCAAUAUUUUGAAUUGUUAACCUUGUAUGAAGGAAAUCUAGAUCGAGUCAUUGAAGCUUUAUUAGAACGUCAAGAGUAG